UCUUAUGAUCUUCAAAUGCAAUUAUGCGAAAGUAAUGUACACAUUUAUGUUUCGUUAGGCACAUUUCCAGAAAGUCAUCAAGGUAAAUUAUACAACACAUGCUUAGCAUUUGGUCCAAAUGGAGAUGUUUUAGCAAAGCAUCGCAAAGUUCACCUCUUUGACAUAGACAUACCUGGUAAGAUAACUUUCAAAGAAUCCGCAGCUUUGACUGCAGGUGAUACGCUAACUAUGUUCAAAAUUGGUAAGUGGAAUGUUGGUUUAGGAGUUUGUUAUGAUAUUAGAUUCCCUCUCAUGGCAAAUUUGUAUGCUGAGAAAGGUUGCCAGCUUUUAAUAUAUCCUGGUGCUUUUAAUAUGACCACGGGUCCAGCACACUGGGAACUUCUACAAAGAGCAAGAGCUGUAGAUAAUCAAUUGUAUGUAGCUACUAUUUCUCCAGCUAGGGAUGAAAAUUCUUCUUAUAAUGCCUGGGGCCACAGUUCACUAAUAAGUCCUUGGGGCAAUACAGUAAGCACCACAGAUGAAAAAGAAGGUAUAAUUUAUGGAGAUAUAGAUUUGGAAUAUGUACAUGAAGUUAGAGAACAAAUCCCUAUAACAAAGCAACAAAGACAUGACCUUUAUGAUAUUCAAUGCUUAUGUGAAUUUUGAAAAUAUAAUACAGAAACUAUAUACAAUUUUUGUAAAAAUCUUUUGUAUGCAUAAUGAAAUUAUAAAUUUUAGUUUUUCUUCUUGCUCUUUAUAUAUAUAUGAAUAAAUAUGUGAAAUA